AAAAAUACGAUUAAAAACAAACUGCAUUCGGAUUCUAAAAAGCUAUUUUGAGGAUAUGUUAAUAGAUUAAUUACAUCGAUUAAAGAGAAAAGAUCACUUCUUGGAAAUAUGAAAUAUUUAAUACCGCGCAUGAUCCGCUUCUUGCGAAAACUGACGACCCUCCUUUGGCCAAAUCAUUUCAUCCACCGAUGGGGCAGACCGACUCCAGUUUCACUAUCGUCUGCAUCCUCUGGCGCUGAAAGGAGAUGUUGGUCGAUCCCUUCAACAGAUGUUGGUGCCUUGAAACUUAGAAAUGUCGACAACCACGACGCCGACGACCAUGAUUCGGCCUCCAGGUACCGAAGUGGUAACCGACGCCCGAGAAACAUGGGGUAAAAAAGUGGAUUUUCUUCUGUCUGUUAUUGGAUUUGCUGUUGAUUUGGCGAACGUUUGGCGAUUUCCAUAUCUUUGUUAUAAGAACGGCGGCGGUGCUUUUCUAGUUCCAUAUUGUAUUAUGCUUAUCAUCGGAGGAAUUCCAUUAUUCUACAUGGAAUUAGCAUUAGGACAGUUCAACAGAAAAGGGGCAAUAACUUGUUGGGGAAGACUCGUACCACUUCUCAAAGGAAUAGGAUACGCUGUUGUACUUAUAGCGUUUUACGUCGAUUUUUAUUACAACGUGAUUAUCGCUUGGGCUUUACGAUUUUUCUUCGCGUCUUUUACCGAUCUUUUGCCAUGGACUACGUGCGAUAAUCCAUGGAAUACACCAAAUUGUAGACCAUUUGAUGUAAAUUUAGCAAACGCAACUAAUGGAAAUUCAUCGGCUUCUGGUUCUGCAAAUAGCUUCGAUUCUGCUGCAUCUGAAUAUUUUAAUCGCGCAAUCUUAGAAUUACACCGAAGUGAAGGAUUACACGAUCUUGGAACCAUAAAAUGGGAUAUCGCGUUGUGCCUUUUGGCAGUUUACGUAAUUUGUUACUUUUCUUUAUGGAAAGGAAUCUCAACGUCGGGAAAAGUUGUGUGGUUCACCGCUUUAUUUCCAUACGCUGUGCUUUUAAUUCUUUUAAUUCGUGGAAUAACUUUACCUGGGUCGGCGGAAGGAAUCAAAUAUUAUCUUAAUCCGAAUUUUAAUAAAAUAACUUCACCAGAAGUUUGGGUAGAUGCAGCAACACAAGUAUUUUUUUCUUUGGGGCCAGGAUUUGGUGUUUUGCUUGCAUACGCCUCUUACAACAAGUACCACAAUAACGUGUAUAAGGACGCCCUACUUACCAGCAUCAUCAAUUCGGCGACCAGCUUCAUAGCGGGAUUCGUCAUAUUUUCGGUCUUAGGUUAUAUGGCCCACGCUUCUGGAAGGGAUAUAAAGGAUGUUGCAACAGAAGGACCGGGACUUGUUUUCAUUGUAUAUCCUGCGGCAAUCGCCACGAUGCCUGGCAGUAUAUUUUGGGCGCUAAUCUUCUUUAUGAUGCUACUUACGUUAGGACUUGACAGCUCAUUUGGUGGAUCUGAAGCUAUAAUAACAGCAUUGAGCGAUGAGUUUCCAAAAAUUGGUCGCAACAGAGAAAUUUUUGUCGCUUGUCUCUUCACAUUGUACUUUUUGGUUGGUUUGGCAUCUUGUUCGCAAGGUGGAUUUUACUUUUUUCAUUUACUCGAUCGCUACGCUGCAGGUUAUUCCAUGUUAAUAGCAGUUUUUUUCGAAUCCAUUGCUGUAUCUUGGAUUUAUGGAACAAAACGUUUCUGCGACGAUAUUAAAGACAUGAUCGGAUUUAGUCCUGGAAUAUACUGGAGAUUUUGUUGGAGAUUUGCAGCACCCUUAUUUUUACUCUUCAUCAUUGUCUAUGGUUUAUUGGGAUAUGAACCUCUAUCAUAUGAAGGAUAUACGUAUCCUACUUGGGCUAACGUUCUUGGGUGGGCUAUAGCUGGAUCAUCAGUUAGUAUGAUACCAUUAGUGGCAGCUUAUAAAUUUAUAACUACACCAGGAACUUGUUAUAAGCGAUUUAAAAAGUUAACAACACCUUGGAGGGAUACGCAAUUAGGAACACAAGUAAAUGGGGUCAUUCAAUCGGAAAGUAAUCAAAUACGGUUAGGAAAUACAGAAGAAACCACCACAAAUGCAGUAGAAGUCUGAGGUUCGCGUCCCUGCAUCCAUUUUGAUAUUUAUUAUGUAUAAUCUGCUGUAGCUUUAAAUCUAGCCGAAAUAUGUGUAUUACGUAUUCUUUUUUUUGAUGUAGUUAGUUAGGCGUUUGGAAGUUUUCACAUUUUGUUAGAAAUAUUUAAUAUUAGCCAAUCAGGUGAACACAGCGAAUAAAUGACCAAACGAGUAGCUGUAGAGAUAAUAAACAACUAGAUACUAAGUAAAUAAAUUUAAUUAUAAGUUAAUGUAUAAAUAUUAGGAUCCAUAAAGAGUAUUAGUUAGCAAUAUGUAAUUAUCCACCUUUAUAUUUGUAGUAUAAAUUAAAAUUAAGGGUGGACGUGCUAGUUGUAGAUAUGCUUUAACUUAGCUAUAUUAAAAAAUAUUGUAUACAUCAACAAAUAUUUUGUACUUUGUUAUUGUAAAGAUAAGAUUUUAUGGGAAGGCGACCAAACAGCCAUUUGGUGGCCUUCAAAACAUAGAUAUAGAGGACGGUUGUAAAACUGCAAAUUAAGAAUAUUUUCAUGUAUAAAAAUACUUAAUGGAGGUAAAAUACUUUAUUAUUGAUAUUCCUACAAUUAAAAUUGUUAGGAUUUAUUAUUAUUGGGUUCAUAUUUGUUGAUUUACAAGUUAAUUGUUAACAGCCAUAACAACUAACUCGUCGUGAUUGAUGAAAAAUUCUUAUAUUCUUUAUUGUAAUAUUUAUUAAAAAUUAUUUAUCGAAAACAAACGUUACAGCCAAACGUUUGUUUUCUUAACGUUAAUAAAUUCUGUUUUCGUUAA